UUCCGCGAAGGUAGCUGGCUAUAAGAACGGUAUUUAUUUAUUUUGAUCCCUGUGUUGAAGCAAGCAAAUUUGGUCGCGUGUUCUUCGUAGAAAUGACUAAAAGAGCGUAUCCUUUCGCUGAGUCAUUCUCAUCACAGUAUAAAAUUCACGUUGGACAAAAGGAGUUGAAUCAUCACGGCGUAUUUGGGAACACGUACAGGCAAGAGGUCUUCGAAAAGACAAAGGACCUGCUCUUCAGUGGGACCAAAGCUGUCAUGGGGAAAAUCUGGAAUAUAGAUGCAGAGAAGUGCUCAGCAAUACAGCCAUCGGGGUCAGGUAUGAAACCUGAUGUGAGCCAGACACUCCUGAGGGGACAGACACUGAUUGGGCAGGAUGGCAGACUACAGAGAACUACACCUGUUCAAGGUUCAGUGUUGGCUCCAGUGGGGUGCUGUGUGUGUCAGAAGGCCCAGGGCACCAGGAGGCCGUGCUCCCAGUGUGACCGCCCAGCCUGCCCCUCCUGCAUCCAGCAGUGCGCCAGCUGCUCCAGAUCCUGCUGCUCUGUCUGCACUGUCAUCGAUCUCCCCUCCCGGAGGACCUGAGCCUUAAGACCAUGCUUCAGGCCUACCUGACCCUACCUGGCCUGACAGCUCCUGGCUCUCCCUGUCCCCAGUCCACCUGAUUGUGCUGCUGAUCCAGUUUCUGUUGUUCUGCCUGCGGCUAUGGAACCCUGACCUGUUCACCCGACGUGCAACCUUGUCCCGGACUUGCUGUUUUGACUUUCUAUUUCUCUCUCGCUCGCUCUCUCUACCAGACAAGCUGCCUCGACCUCUGAAUGCUCGGCUAUGAAAAGCCAACUGACAUUUACUCCUGAGGUGUUGACCUGUUGCACCCUAUGUAACCACUGUGAUUAUUUGACCCUGCUGGUCAUCUAUGAACGUUUGUUCUUCAAGAUAUUCAACCUAGCCUUAAUGGCCACGUACUCUUAUAAUCUACACCCUGCACAGCCAGAAGAGGCUGGUCCUGUAGGUUUCUUCCUAGGUUCCUGCCUUUCUAGGGAGUUUUUCCUAGCCACUGUGCUUCUACAUCUGGAAUGCUUGCUCUUUGGGGUUGUAGGCUGGGUAUCAGUAUAAGCACUUUGUGACAACUGCUGAUGUAAAAAGGGCUUUAAAAAUCUAUGUGAUUGAAUUUGAUAGGCCAGAUGGAAUUAUCACCAUAUUGCUUAUCAGAGACGACAGUGGUGCCACUUCUGUAUAGAUUUUUACCUAUCUAAUCCUUUGUUCACCUCAAGUGCUUUGGGGGUUCAUCAGUCGAAGCACAUUUGUUGGAAAAUAAAUCUUAAAAAACUGGCAACACAUCACUGGAAGUAGGCUACUGGGGCUGUCUCAAGUUAGGCGUGGGUCAAAUAUUAGCCAUCCUAGUAAACACAUUGCAGGUGUGUACAUGCCUGGCUGUCAUCUGAAACAUUUACUUGAAUUAUUCUCUGUUCAUUUAUUAUAAGGUGGAUGCCAGAGCUGGGGUUAUUCUCCCUUUGCUCACUCUGUAAUGGCAUUGUGUUAAUGCACUCUUAAAAUGGGAACGUGCAGCUGUCAGGGUUCAACACAUCCCUACAUCUGUCACUCUAAUGUAACUCUGAAGUUCACAGUUUUCCUCCUAAGAUUGUUCCUCUCCCCCUAGCAUAUGUAUGGGGCCCUAUGAGGAGAAGAGGCCGACUGGUCAGGCUUGGACACCAACUGCAGUGGGAGCGUGUGGCUUUGUCUUUCACCCAUUCUUUUGGGGACCAGCUGUGCCCGGAGUGCGAGCGCCGAGCACAGCGAUGCUACUGCUAUAAAUAUGCGUCAGUGAGUGAGUGACAGCUGUGCAGUGGACCAAGGACACACUGUCUUGGCACUCCACGGACGAGUCACUCCAAACAAGGCAACCCCAGCAUGACCUGAACACCAGUGAUAUAUAUCCAACUGUCUAGCUAAUUGUCAUUCAUGUAUUCAAUUUCAUAAUGUAAGUUAUGUAUUGCAGAAGCAUUUGAAUGAAGCCAAACCAAUUCUGUGACAAAAUAAAAGGAAAUGUAACUGAUAAAUUUUACGACAAUGUCUAUUUUUAUUGUUACUGUUUCUGAGAGCAGUGUGA